CUCAUCGUCGCCCCCGCCCAAGACGCGUCUCUCCAUCUCCUUCAUCUCAUCUCUCUUUCUCUUUCUCCCUCUCUCUCUGUUUCUUAUCUACACUCCUUCAUCUCUCUCACAAUGUCGUCCGCGGUCCACCGCGACCGCCGAUCCUACGAGGCGAUACGGCGGUCCCGCACCGUUCCCAGUCCCGCCCCGAACUCGGACUUCGUAGAAUUCGUCCACCGCGUCGUCGACUUCUGCUUCUACCCAAUCACGUUCCCUAUCCGUGUCAUCCGCGACAUCCUCACGUCCCCCCUCACUAUCAGUGUUGUCAUAAAGGGCAUCCUCGCGCUGCUGCUCGUCCUCGCCAGCGCCGCAUUUAGCACGCUCGCCGUCGGCGCGUUCUGGUGGUCAUGGGGCAUCGGGGGAAACGUCGAGGUUGAGGGCUGGCUUACUUAUGGGUCGCGCGCGAUCCGCACACCUCAUGCUACGUUGCAGCUCCCACUGGACAAGUUUCAGGAGGAUCUUCCGUACGAUGUGCAGGUCGAGCUGGAACUCGUGCGCCCCUCGCACGCCUCCGAAGAGAUGGGCAACUUUAUGGUUACUCUCGACCUGCGAUCGCUGCGCGCUCCGGAGAUCACGAUAGUCCACGUCGCGCAGCCUUCCCUCCCACCACCACCACUCAAGUCCUCUCUCCUCAGCCUCCCUACCAUCCCGACAUGGUAUAUUCCACCAUGUGUUAUUCCAUGGCCAUUCCGCUCGUUCUGUCCCUCAAGAGUGUUCGGAUACGGCGGAGUGCCCGAUGCGAGGAUCAAGGAGCGAAGGCGCCGGGGUUCUCUCGUCUCCCCCGCCCGCGGGAAUGAGGUAGUACUCCUAACUAAGGAGCUCAUCGAGGGUACGGUCAUCAACCCCGGCCGCGGUGACCUCGCCAUCGGGUCGGUUUUCGUCUCCAUCGGCCGCGAGGACACCAACUCUGAAGACGCUGGGGCGCGCUAUCACCGUGAAGUGCGCACUACGGGUUGGGUUGUCGUCCGCUUUGUUCCGCACCCCACAGGCCUGCGAUGGCUUAUGACGGCCAACCCUCUGCCUCCAUUAAUCAUCCUCCCGCCGCUGUCGUUUUCGCUUACGAUCGCAUCUGCGCUGAUUGGCUUCCUCGUUAUUUCGUGCAUGGGCCGGCGGAAGCCCAAGCCCGAGGAGCCGAAGAAGGAGGAGAAGAAGAGGCGGAUCAAGGACGAGUACGAAUCGCCAGAGCGCCCCAAUUCGCGCCUCGCGCAACUUGACCGCGUGUGGGAUGCACGCACUUCUCGCGAUGAGACGCGGGCGUGGGACACCAUCGAGGCGCGCGCUGCCGGGCGCCGUGUUGCCUCGCCCUUUGAGGUAGUGCAGGUCGUGGAGCACACAACGCCCCGAUCUCGCACGCCCGAGUUGACGCCCGCGGCGUCGAUUACCGAGGACGAGACCGCAACGGAAACGGAUGUGCCUGCGGAAUCUGUAUCGGGCACGGGCACGGGCGUAGCCACGACGCCCGUGAGCACGCAAACGGGGCCGAGUGUGAGUGUAAGCGCGAGUGCGAGUGCAAGUGAAUGGAGCGACACAUGGAGCGACGACCAGCGAUAGGCUGUGGGUGCGGCGAGAUCUUUGACAGUGGCAGCGGGGUGUAUAGAAUCUAGACGAGACGACAUGUGACGACUUCGGAACUU